GGAUAGCCAUAUUCAUUCCUGUCUGAUCACCAGUAUUUUAUACUUACAGCAUUUCUGAUCAGUGAUGAAAAUGGUCGCACCUGGUAUUAGCACUGCGUUGUUGGUCUUCGUCCUAUGGGUAAAUGUUUCACAUGGAGUGGAAGUUGUUGUUGAAAUAACAUGUAAUAAAGCUUGUCUAAACGGUGGUCAGUGUGUGUUAUUACCGGAUCCAUAUUCAGGUUUUAAACAAACAUGUACCUGUCCACUCUAUUAUACUGGUGUAUUCUGUGAAAAGUUCGCACUCAGAGUUAAUUGUGAUAAAGCUUGUGAGAAUGGCGGUCAGUGUGUUGUCAACGUAACGGAAAAUACCUAUACACUUGUUAACAAUACCUGUGUCUGCCUACAAAACUAUCAUGGAGAUUUGUGUCAAACAUUUGUCCCGUCAACAACUACAACUUCUACGGCGUCAACAACUACAACGUCUACGGCGUCAACAACUAUGGCUUCUACAGCGUCAUCAAGUAUAGCUCCGUCACCAAAUGUAAAUUCUAUGACGUCUACAGCUAUGGCUUCUACGGCUGUAUGUGAUCCUCCGUGUACAGCGGGUCAUGGUGAGUGUGUUGUCCUACGAAAUUCACAGUUAGCACCUCACUUGACUGACCAAGCCUACUGCAACUGCUCAACGUCAGCAACAGGAUAUUACUAUGGGAAACAAUGCGAACAUUACCAACAAAAUAUAACCUGUGAACCAUCAUGUAAAAAUGGCGGUGAGUGUAGUGUUACUGGUCGGUGUAAUUGUAUAGGAACCGCUAAUGGGUACGAUCCAGGUGAUUGCAGUAGGUUUUCCGCAGAGCCAUGUAAUCCUGCUUGUGAGAAUGGUGGAUCCUGUCUGGGUGGCGUCUGUCAAUGUAAAUCCACGAACGAAUGGGAUUACAGCGGUUCGCAUUGUGAACAGGCUGUUCAAUGUAUCCCAGCUUGUGUUGAUGGAGAGUGUCGUAGCUUUGGUUAUAACUCUACUUAUUGCAGCUGUAAUUCAAAUUCAACAGGAUAUUAUGAAGGACCGACUUGUGAUACCUUUACACCUUAUACAGUUAAUGACGUCACAGAUACAUGUAGUGAGCCUUGUGAAAAUGGCGGGACGUGUGGAGUAUAUAGUAAUAAGUGUCGGUGUAAAUCCAAUGGAACCCAUUAUACCUCGGGACCGACUUGUUCACAGGUGCAAGAAUGUAUCGGUGGUUGUUUAAAUGGGGGUGUUUGUGGAAAUGGAAGUACGUGUCUAUGUACCCAAGAAUACACUGGAGCAUACUGUGAAACAUACAUAGGUUGUCCUUGCCAGAAUAACGGAACGUGUUUUGGUAAAUACUGUGGUUGUCCAUCAAACAGCACGGGACAUUACUAUGGACAAAUAUGUGAGCAAUUCGCAUUUGAACCGCCAUGUUACCCGUCGGUUCUCAAUGGUGGAUUGUGUUUUCAUCAAAGUUCUGCUUGCCCAUAUGACGACAUAGGUUAUUUCCAUGGUGACCAAUGUGAGCAGUACAGUAAACACAAUUGCAGCAGUAUUUGUGUAGAGCCCUACGUGUGUGUAGCGAAGUAUUGUACGUGUCCAUAUAAUCUGGCAGAAGGUUAUUCGUAUUAUGAUGUCUUUGGUUCUGUUGAAAAAUGCAGUGGUAAAUAUUAUCUGUGGUACGAAAUCUAAAGUAAAAGACGAGAAAUUCGUGGAGUUUUCAAAAUAAAUAUUAAUUGACCAAACAA